AUGCACUCGGUGCAGCGGAGGAAGAAGCGGCCAAAGGAUGAAAUUCUGCGGGAGGAGAGGACGAAUCUGCGGGAGGAGACCACUUGUGCUUGCCAAUUGGGGACGCAUGAACCUCCUACGUCAAUGGAGACUCCACCCUCCAGCGCAAAAUCUGGCUCGCGCGAAAGUAUAAAAGAAAAAUCCCAACGCAGAAGCCUCUUCAUUCUAUCCAGACCACCGACGAGUGAAGGUCGAACCGCGGAGCAGCAGCAGCAACAGCACCAGCAGAGGAGGGCAGCAGAGAGGAAGAGCAACACCAGCAGAGGAGAGAAGAAGAGCAGCUUCAAGUGUUCUUCACUCUCGUUCGGGUCAACAAGGAGCGUGUUUCGGUGCGGCAUUGAAACCGAGUCUCUGCAAAGCACUAAUACUUAUGCGCCCGAAUUGGGUACGUAUGAACCUCCUACGUCAAUCGACACUCCACCCUCCAGCGCAAAAUCUGGCUCGCGCGAAAGUAUAAAAGAAAAAUCCCAGCACAGAAGCCUCUUCAUUCUAUCCAGACCAUCGACGAGUGAAGGUCGAACCGCGGAGCAGCAGCAGCAGCAACACCGACAGAGAAGAAGAGCAGCACCAGCAGAGCAGCAGAGGAGGGAAGAAGAGCAGCACCAGCAGAGCAGCAGAGGAGAGAAGAAGAGCAGCCCCAAGUCUUCUUCAGUACCGUUCGGGCCGGCGAAGAGUCUAGUGAGGAUGUCACGACACCUGGCGGCGAAAUACCUUGCGAGUCAUCGCAAGCGGAAGCGUGAGGAGAGAGAGAGGGAGAACAGAGUGGUGGCGCCACUGAGGCAAGCUGAGGAGACGAUUGCUGAUCGUGAUGAGGAGGAGAAGGAGGGAGAGCAGGAGAUGGAGAACGAGGAGGGAGAGCAGGAGAUGGAGGAGGAAGAGGAGAUCAAGGCACCGAAACCGCGGAGGCCUGCCAAGACGAGCGCUGAGCGCGUCAGGGAAUUCCGCCAGCGGAAGAAACUGAAAGCGCAAGAGGAGGCCGAGCGAGGAGGUACAGUAGCGGCCGGUAACCCAGCAGCAACUGUGAAUUUGGAGCCGAUGCCCGGCCCGAGCACGGGGCCAGUACGGUUCUACCCACGACCUGACCCGGUUCAGAUUCCAUCGGGUUCUGGAAGGGGCACGUUUCAGGCCGAUUCCGAGACAUUUCUUGGAAUCGUACCGACUCGUUCCGCUCUGAACGAGUCCUCUCAGGUAUCAGUACCCAAUAGUCAGGAGACGGGUACGACUGCCACAGCUGGUGGCAAGCCAGAUUGCGCGAAGGCCGACAUUGCUUUUCACAAAAAGUUUACCAACAACAAACUGGGUGAUUAUUGCAAUGUUUGUGAACGCAUCUGGUUCAGCAAUGACUUGAGGCCCAUCACAAGCGAUGGCGGGAGAGUGUUGGUCGAGGCAGGCCACUUUGAAUCAGUCGCGGGAUUCAAGGUGUGCCAGACCUGCAACAACUCUCUGAGGAAUGGAAAAGUACCCACUUUGUCCACAUCGAAUGGAUUUACCUACCCGGAGAAGCCAGCGAACCUUCCACCACUGGAUCCGAUCACCGAGCGGUUGAUUGCGCCAAGGCUGCCGUUCAUGCAAAUUCGUCGGCUCAGUCAUGCGCGAGGAAGCUACACAAUCAUCGGGCAGAUCAUAAAUGUCCCUGUUGAUGUCAACGAGAUGGUUCGGAUGCUUCCGCGUCAAUUGGAAGAUGAUUACGCCUUUAAUGUUUGCAUUAAAAAGCAAUUGAUCCACAAGUCUAACCACCUGCAGGGAUAUGUCAAGAAGUCUGUCGUUAAAGCUUGGCUUCGCUAUCUUAUCAACACUCCGUUGUAUAAGCGCGAAGGUAUCGUUUUGGAUGAAAGCCUCAUGGAACCGGAUGUACCAGAAGGUACUGACGGUGAGGAACUGAUUGAGCUGGAAGUAUCGGAAGUCGAGGAUGUCCCAAGAGAUGUCCCAAGAAUUCCCCAGCAGAACGACCAAAUUGCACUUGACGUACUCGAAACUGAAGCGGAAUUGUUCGCAGGACAGCAACAGACCGUCUUCUGGAACGAGGACAUGAGUCUUAAUAUUGCUCCUGGUCAGAACCGAAUGCCGACUUCCAUCGUGUACGAUCAGUAUGCAGAAGAGCUUUCUUUUCCCGGAAUCUACCAAGGAAAAAUGCGAUCGUACAGGAAAGGGGUUCGCGUUACUCCUUACGAUAAGGCUACCAGUGAAACUAGACGACGUGACCGGCGUGGAGCAAAGCCGACUCACAUCCUGUACAUGGGUGUUAAGAUCAUGCGUCUUCGGGUUCACGAUGGAGUUUCGAGCUCCUUUAGGGUCCAAGGUACGAACAAUGUGACCCGUGCUCAACUCAGUGACCCGCAGUUCAUGCAGAGCCUUAUCGAGAGGAACUUCGCGUGGCUGAAAUCGAUUCCGAACUCGGCAUUGUACUGGCAGAUACGGGAGAAAGAUUUGUUCGCCAUGAUUCGACAGCUGGGAAAGCCAACGGUUUUCUUGACUAUGAGUGCUAACGAGACUCACUGGCCCGAACUGCUGAAGAUACUGUACAAGCUCUCGGAUCAAGAGAACAGGAUCGACUUGACAGAACCGAUGGAGCAACUAACAGCACUUCAAAGAGCAGUAUUGGUCAGUGAAGAUCCAGUCACGUGCUGCCUCUAUUUCAACAAGCUGAUCGAAGUCAUCCUCUUGAUCUUGGGUUCGAAAACUCAUAGUCCGUUCGGGAAGUACUACGUCGUCGAUUACUUCAAACGGAUUGAGUUCCAGCAUCGCGGUAGUCCCCACUGCCAUGCAGUGCUUUGGCUCGCCAACGAUCCCAAGGAACCUGCUUCCGAGCACAUGCCUGCUACUCUGGAACUGAUCAACACCAUCACUUCCAUUAGAUUCGAGGACCUUCCCACGCAGACGGCUACUAAGCAGGUUCAUCGUUGCACGUUCACUUGCACAAAGCGAGGGGAAAAGCGCUGUCGGUUCAAUAUACCGUACUGGCCCAUGAAGGAACAACGGGUCCUGCUUCCUCUUAAAGCUGACGAUAGUCGCCGCAAAGAGUUGAAGAAACGCGCUGAGGAAAUGCGUGAUGUCCUGGCAACAAUGGUAUUCGAUACGAUUGAGGACUAUCUGGCCCACUGCGAGUGUACAUACGAGUACUACCUGGAUGUAGUUCGUGCAUCGCUGAAACAGCCUACGGUCUUCUACAAGCGCUCGAUGGAUGAAAAGGAACUGCGAACGAAUCCGUUCAACGCAUGGAUUGCGGACAAGCUGCGUUCGAACAUGGAUCUCCAGUUUAUUGUUGACGAAAAGAAACUUUGCCACUACCUGGUAGAGUACGUCAACAAGUCCAAUCGUGGUGUUAGUGGAUUGCACCGAGAGCUGAUCCUCAUGCAAGAGCAGAACCCCGAGAUGGACUACGGCGAGAUGCUGAAGAAGAUCAGUCUGAAGAUGCUUGGAGCCGUGGAGAUGUGCGCUCAGGAAGCAGCCUGGUUCCUACUGCGAUUGCCGAUGUCCGAGGCAAGUAAGAAAGUUGAGUUCAUUCCAACUGCGUGGCCCCAAGACCGGACAAGAAGCAGGAAGCACUUCAAGACCAUGGAUGCUGAAGGAGUUGGCGAUGACUCGACUGAUGUGUGGAACAAGAACAUCAUCGAGAAGUACGAAGAGCGUGAAGGCCUGGAAAACGUCUGCUUGGCUGAGUUCGUAGCUUGGUAUUCUCAGGAAAGAGGUAAAAACAGCUACAAGAAAAGGACACAGCCAAGGGUGCUGCGUUGGCGCGGAUUCGGUAUGAGCGAGCUUACUGAGUAUAAGCGCGAAUCUGUUCUCCUGUUUCUGCCAUUUCGUAAUGAGGUGGUGGAUGUUCUCGACCAGAAUAAGUUCCUCCAGUUGUACGAUUUGCAUGAGGAACAACUCUUGGCAAAGCGUAAGGAAUACGACUGUGAGUUGAAUAUGGAGCAAACGGUCGAGGAGUAUCUGCGCACUAUUGCGAACUUGGAGGAUGGAGCGGAGAACAACGCAGCAACCGAAAAGCACGACGAGCUGGUGCGGACAGUCAUCAUGCAGCCGAAUAAUGAUGACUUUGAGCUGCUGCCCACAAGAGGUUUAAGAUCUGUCAUCAAGCAACGCACAAACGUGUUGUCGAAGGAGGCAUAUUGUGAGAUGAUGCGAGCUACGAAUGCAGAGCAACGGGCAUUGCUUCUGCACGUAAUCCAUCUGAUGCAUUGCUACGAAGAGCACGAGCCGCUGCAGGUUUUCUUGACCGGUCCGGCAGGAAGCGGCAAAACCUUCGUAUUGCGUGCGCUUAUGGAAACGAUCAAUCGGUACAGCCAAACUCACAACUCCCGCGACAACGCGUAUGUAGCUUCAGCUUCGACUGGAAAAGCAGCCAGCGCAAUUGGUGGAACCACCCUGCACCACGCUUACCACAUCACCAUGUCUCGCCAGGCAACGAAGAUGAAUUUCGAAACGCUCCAGAUGUACAGGAACGAGAUGCAGCAUAUCAAGUUUCACAUCAUCGAUGAGGUCAGCAUGGUUGGCGCCCACACCCUGAAUACCGCACACAUACGCCUCCAGGAUGUUUACAUGAUCUAUGAUGUUGCAUAUGGCGGUGUGAAUGUGUUGGUGAGUGGAGAUUUGAUGCAGUUGCCCCCAGUCAAUGCUCGCGCCGUGUUCAAGCCUCCGUCGAACUCCAUCUGUGGCGCUGUGGUGUGGCAGUCGUUGAUGUUUCACGAGCUCAAACAGGUUAUGCGUCAGGCGGAUAAGCAGUUUUCAGACAUUCUUACCAAGAUUGGUAAUGGGCUGAAACUGACCGCCGAUGAAACCAAACUGAUCGAGAGCCGUUUCUUCACAAAAGAGGAUCUGAGCAAGGAGGACACUGGCGGGGCGACGAGCAUGUGGUAACACUGGGUACGACUGUUCCAUCGGAACAUUGACGUAACCAGCUACAACAACGAAGCGCUGAGAAACAUUGACGGGCUAGAUUGCACAGCAGACGACACCUUUGUGGGAUACAAGACUGCAGAGCAACUGGCAACUGCUCGUAUCAAACUCUACAAGAUGAGUCUGGCUGAAACGGCAGGUUUGCAGUAUACAACUAAGUUCUGUCCUGGAAUGCCUUACAUGGUCACCACAAAUGUCAAUGUGGAAGAUGGCAUAGUGAAUGGUGCAAUUGGGGACUUGAUGUAUGUCGAAGAGGGCGUUGAUGACUCAGAGGAUCGCAUCAUGAGACUUUGGAUCAAAUUUGAAAACGCGCAGAUCGGGAUCAUUGCGAGGAAAGAGGUGGAGCCUAUGAUACGCACACGACCCGACAUCUUGCAGUCAGAUUGGACUCCAAUCGUGAAGCGAUCCGCAAACAUCGAUCUGGGUAACCGCAUUAAAUGCAAGCGCAUACAGUUCCCGGUUACACCAGCUAAUGCCCUUACCAUACACAAAUCUCAAGGUGGAACCUUUGAUAAGAUUGUGUACGACUAUGAUAAGUCCCAGGAUCAGCAAAUGGUGUACGUCGGUUUAUCACGUGUGAAGUCGCUGCAGGGCCUCUUUUUGACCAACUCAAAGGGAGACUUCAAGUUCCACCAUGCGAAAGGCUGUGACAGCCCAAAAAUGCGAGAACUGCGUAACGAGUACAAGCGUUUGCAGAAUCACCGUUUGCGCACCAUUGUGGACGAAGUGGGUGAGGUCUUAGAGAGCAGCGGACCUGCCACCACGUUGAUGACCAUCAACGUACAGAGUUUGAGAGCUCACAAGUUGGAUAUAACCACCGAUCCCAUACUUCCCAAGGUUCACUUUCUAGCACUGAGUGAGACGUGGCUGGAUGACCACUCCUCAGAGGAAAUAGAAGGUUUUACCUGUAUCAUCCAAUCGAAGCGGGUUGGUGUGCGAUCGGGAGGUGUUGCAAUCUACCAGAAUACGACCGAUCCGGAUACUACCUUGGCAGUCCCUCAUACGCUUGAAGUGGUGGGCAACGAACGCGACCAAGAAUUCGGCAAGGCAGAAAAGUACGGAGAUAUUUGUGCAGCAAAGGUGAUGGUGAUGGGUACUGAAGUACUGCUGGUAUCAGUAUACAUCUCCCCAGGAACCACAACGAAGCAGAAAAUAUGGUUCCUUGCUCGCAAUUUGAUUCGUACUGCCUACGUGGAUACGCCAAUGGUGGUUACCGGAGACUUCAAUCUUGACAUCACCAAGGAGGAUAGUGCAGACUUCGUGGGUUAUAUGCGAGAACAUUUCAUGCUGAGUUUGUGCAAUGAUACGAAGAAGACGACCACACUUGGUGGUACAGCUCUUGACCUUACGUUCACAAAGAACAUGACGGCGGAGGUCACGCGGUACAUUGCAUAUUUCUCGUAUCAUCGGCCGAUGUUGUCUCUCCUAAGACCAGCAGCAUCCGAACCAUCUCAGGCGAUCUGAACAGCUGUCCUCUGCGCAUGACUGAUUGCGCACAACUAUAACCUGGAUUUGACUACAACCUGGAUUCGACUACAACAACUACAACCUGGAUUUGACAACAGCAUCUACACCAACAGAAGACAAAAAUGAAACCGAAGAAGAAAAUUUAUUGUUAAAUACUAACCUCACUGACACUAACACACACUCACAAUGAACUGUUCAUUUAUUAGAUUAAGGACAAAUUGAAUUCAUUGUUACUAUUGAGACAUUGACACAACUACAUAACCUCCUUCCCCUUACAAUAAUACACAAACACAUAGGGAUCCAAUGAAAUGUACAUAAUAGGUUAAGCUGAAGUGAAGUGAACAGUGCAUACUUUAAAAAUAAGUUAUGUUACACUUAAAUCCCCCCCCCCUCCUUUCCCACCACCCAAUGAUAUUUUUCCCAUUGAUUAAAUAUUUAAACUCUUCUACACACACAUACAAUCACACUUACAAUCACACAUACACGUAAACAUAUACACACAUACAUACGAGUUCACAUAAAUAACACCUCUACUAAUUUCAACAAAUCUACCGAUCAAGAUCUUUGCAGAGAUCAUCCAUUUAUUUUCAGAUUUAAACCCACUAUAACGAUGACGAUUGACAGGAAGGACGAGCGACAGGAAGGACGAAUGACAGGAAGGACGAACAUUCCAAAAACACCAAAGACGACAGCCCCAGGAUCACCACUAAUCAAAUUUUCUUUUCAGGGCACUCAAAACAAACGGUCCUUUUCAGGACCACCAAAUAUCUCACGAAAGAGCUCGAAAGUCAAUCCAAAGCAAACUAAUGAAAUGCAACACAAAAAGAACAAUCUGGAAUUAAUGUAUUACUUUAUUUCGUUCCAGAUUAACCAUUCAUACUUCCGUAAGGAAAUUAGCGGACGGAUAUCUCACGACUGGCAGAUUUUGAAUCAAUUCUAGUUCUGCUCUCAGAAUUUCAUAAACAUCUGGUCUAUUCAGGACUAUUGCUCCGGAAACCACGAAAGAUUCAUUCUUAAACAAAUAAUUGUUUAUAAAUAAAUAAAAUCCAACAUUAAAUCCCUCUUUCUGAAUUCAUAAAAUUAUUCAAUGGACUAAAUAUGAAGGAAUGCAAAUCAUAAUUCUUAAAACUUUUCAUAUACGUUUGUGUCCGAAGUUCUUCGUCAUUAUGGUUAUGCCUGUAGCAUUACCACUGCAA